CCUGUCGCAUAUCGAUUUUUUGAGCUCUCAAUGGCCUCUCUCAUUUUGAACCUCUUACAGAAGCAUAAACUCAAGUCACCUAUAACAAUCUCAAUCAAUACACUCAACUCUGCCCCGUCCAUUAGUCUCAUCUCUCAAGUGUCCCACUUCUUAAUUCUUUCAUCGAUUGUGUCAAUUCGACUAUGUCCGAAGUUCCAGAUGCCAAACGUGUGAGGAGGGAAGACCUCUACUCGUCUUCUGAAGAGGGGGAAGUGCACAGGUAUAUAUCUUCAGAACAAGAUGCCAGCCUUCUCCGGCAAAAACUCUCCAGUCUCUUAGCCAUCAACCUCGCUGCGCCACCACAAGAUGAGGCCGAGGGUGAUGUCUCCAUGGCCGAUGCAGACCAAGAGACACAACCACCACUAGAAAAUGAAGAGAACCAAGAAGAAGAAUUUUCGUUCCGGCUCUUCUCAUCAGCACCAACCCAAAAAGUAGUGCUUGCGCCGAAAGAGGAUGAGCUACAGGCCUCAACAGAGGAAAUACCCUUCAAAGAACGGCCUCUCAGUUAUUACAUACAAGAGCCCCUCACCCCCGAACAGCAAGAGCAAAUACGACACUCCGCCAUGUCGGCCCAAGACAUUCUGGCGCUAUCGAAACAAAGAGCGUGGGGUUUAGAGGUACCAUGGAGGGUGACGAAGAUUGAGAUUGUGGCCACCAAAAAACCCACAACAAUGACUGCUGGAGGCAAGAGUGUAGAAGAGGGAGAUAAGAAGAAAAAGAGGCCAGGAAAGAAGACCAGGAUCAAGCUUCGAAUCAGGGAACAGAAGCGCAAGGAAGAAGAGAGCAAGAAGCUCACAAAGGAAGAGCACCUUAAGGAGAAGAAGAAGCGACUGAACAGGGAGAAGAAGUUGAAGAGAAGGCAGAAGGAAAAGGCCAAGAAGGCUGCGAAUGGAACUGCUGGCGACCAAGACGGGGCCGACAAAAUGUCGGAGGAUGGAGAUAGUGGUGAAGAGUGAGGGACAGUACCGCGAUAUUCAAUGAUGCCAAAAUAGCGUUUAUUUCGUAGCUAUCCGUAUCUCUAUCAAACACAUCAAUGACAUUCAGAAGAGCCG